AUGUUCCGAAAGAUCCACUCUGUCUUUCACCCCAGCGCACAGCGGAGAGCGGAGGUGGCCCAGAGCCCCUACUACGACCGAGCUGGCUCCGGCGUGCGGCUGAUCCGCAGCAGCUCCAUGUACGUGGUCGGCGACCACGGAGAGAAGUUAAGCGAGUCCUUGAAGAAGUGCAAGAGCACAGGCAGCAUGGACGGCGGCCUGUACUACCUGCAGCAGGAGGGUGACCGCGCCUGGAUGUACUCCCGCACCCAGGACUGCCUGCAGUACUUACAGGAGCUACUGGCCCUGCGCAGGAAGUACCUCAGCAGCCUCAGCGAGCUGAAGCCCCACCAUGUCAGGGGUCCUUCCUCCACCUCCUCCAAAUCCUCCAAGUCCUCCAAGGCAGGCAAAAAGGCCCUGGCCCAGUCCACCUCCAAAGAAAUGAAGAAGGCGGCCUCCAGGACGUACUCGCAGUUCAGCGCCGACGUGGCUGAGGCCAUGGCCUUCUUCGACUCCAUCAUCGCCGAACUGGACACUGAGAGACGGCCACGCACCUCAGAGCUGCAGCCGCCCAACGAGGACGUGGACUUUGACGUGGCCACCAGCUCCCGGGAGCACAGCCUGCACUCCAACUGGAUCCUGCGGGCACCGCGUAGGCGUUUGGAUGACACAGCGGUGGCUGGGCACACUGCAGAUAGUCGGCUUCGGAAGACCCUGGAGUGCAGGAUGCUGGGCAUUCAGAGGAGGCUUGAGAGGCACCCCAUUUACCUGCCCAAGGCUGUGGAAGGAGCAUUCAACACCUUGAAAUUUAAGCCCAGAGCCUGCCAAAAAGACUUGGGGAGCUCCAGACAGAUCCUCUUCAACUUCUCAGGAGAUGAAAUGGACUGGGACACAGAGCUUUUUACGCCUGAGCCCCUGACUUCUCGAGGGGAGGAUGCAUACGAGCCAGGGAGCCCCCAGGGGCAGUGGCUGCUUAGAGAACAUCUGUGGGAGCGGACAGUGCCCUGA